AUGACGUCUUACUCCUCUACUUCCUCCAGUUCUCUGAGUUCUCUCAGUCCUCCGACCUCGAGGGCGACCACUCCUGCCUCUGAGAUAUCCGAUAUCCAGACGGUGAAGCAGGUCGUGCUCGUCCCCAGCCACGAACUCUGUCCUGAAGGGUUGCGACAGCUUUUUUCUUACUACGGUGGCUCCGUCGGUCUCGUCGUGGACCGUGAAUCCCCUUCUCAGGGGGAUGACCACUGGGAACGACGGGAAGCCGACAAUGGCGUGCCGCUACACUUCAAAGCUCGCCAUGGGUUUGAAGAGUUGAGCAGGAUGAGCCUGCUCUAUAUUUCCACCUCCAAGGAACAUGCCCGCCAACUCAACAUCAUCAAUACCGCCAACCUGCGUAGCGUCGUGUCAACACCGCUCAGCCCUACCCGCAUGCUACAUAUCCUCGAACGACCAUCCUUCGUCUUCCCCCCUGUGUCAUCAGUCAAGUCCUUCUCCCCUCAAGGAACGGAAUGCCGCGGCAACAUCCCCACUUUGGACGAAUGGCGGUCGCUGUGGAAAGCAUGGGAUACUAUCACCCUUCAGAUGAUUCCAGAAAGCAUGUUGCACCAGAAACCCAUCGACCUGAGGCACAAAUGUUUAUUCUACAUUGGCCAUAUUCCAACUUUCUUGGAUAUGCUCCUCUCAAAGUCUAUUGGAGGCAAGGCCACAGAACCUGCCUAUUUCUGGAACAUUUUCGAGAGAGGCAUUGAUCCCCAUGUCGAUGACCCCGAUUAUUGUCAUAACCACUCAGAGGUCCCUGAACGCGAUGAAGAUUGGCCUACACUCGACACUAUUAUCAGCUUCAGAGAUGGUGUACGCCGGAGGUUAAUGGGUCUCUACGAAGAUCUGGCGAGCGGGAAGCGGAGACUCAACCGCAACAUUGCUCGGACUCUUGUGAUGACACUAGAGCACGAAGGCUUCCACGUCGAGACCUUGCUAUACAUGCUCAUUCAGCGCGCCGGGUCAGGAACGUUGCCUCCUCCCGGAUUCCAACAGCCCGAGUGGUCUUCAUUAGUCGAGCAAUGGGGUCAGAUCCCUGCACCUUCCACUUCCGCGGUUGUUGUCGGGCCUGCUCAACUCACCAUGGGACACAACGACUCGGAAGCAGACGACAAGCUACCACACAAAGCAUCGGAUAUUGUUGAUCAUACUUUCGGGUGGGAUAACGAGAGUCCCGCUCGGGUGGUCCGAGUCGACGCCUUCAAAGCCGAAUGGAGACCUAUCACCAACGCAGAAUACGAGGCCUUCUGCAAGCGGACUAGUCGCGAAGAGCUGCCGAAGAGCUGGGUGAAGGAAGAUGGAGAGAACAAGGUUCGAACCUUCUAUGGCCCUGUGUCAAUGGCGAUCGCUGGGGAUUGGCCACUUCUCGCUUCGUACGACGAGUUACUGGAUUAUGCCCGUUCCAAGGGUGGGCGCUUACCAACAGAACCCGAGCUACGGUUGUUCUUGGAUACCUACGAUAUCGGUCAUGAAGGUGGUGCCAAUAUCGGCUUCAGGAACUGGCAUCCAGUACCAGCAACCACUGGUAUUUCCGAGUUUGAUGGCAAAGGUUCCAAUGGUGGUGUCUGGGAAUGGACUUCAACGCUCUUUGAUACGCAUGAAGGUCUGGUCCCGACAAACAUCUUCCCUGGGUACUCCGCAGAUUUCUUUGAUACCAAGCAUCAUGUUGUGCUGGGAGCUUCAUACGCGACCAUUCCGCGACUCGCUGAGCGUAAGACUGUCAGAAAUUUCUAUCAGCACAACUACCCGUAUCCCUGGGCUGGCGCUCGUGUUGUUUAUGACUUGUGAUCACACUAUCUCGGUUUUCGUUGUCCUUUUCUUGCCAUGUAUUCUUGACCACUGUAAUACUAGACAUGCAAUCAAUGAGGAAGCUGUUCA